AUGAUUUUAGAAUAAAUUAAAGACUAUCCUAUAUUUCAAUCAUUUCUAUAUGUUUUGGGACUAUUGGUAUUCCUUAAAUUAUUGAAUGCUCUAACUUUCGUAUGGAAAUUGAUACGUCCAAGCACUAAUCUGUCGAGGUAUGGAAUUGGGUCGUGGAUUUUAAUAACUGGGGCAUCGGAUGGAAUAGGAAAGCAAUUGGCAAUUCAAAUUUCAUAGAAAGGGUUCAAGAUAAUUCUGGUAGCUCGCAACAGAUAGAAGUUGGAGACAGUAUCAAAAUAACUAAAUACUGAAUCGCUAAUCAUUGUGGCAGACUUUUCCUAAUCAAAAGAUAAAAAUAUAUUUGAUCAAAUUAUGAAUUAGGUUGGAGAAAGGGAUGUAAGUGUAUUAGUUAACAAUGUUGGAGUUGAUGUACUAAAUAAAUUCCAUUUGCAUUCAGAUGAAGAGAUUUAUAACACAAUAACAGUCAAUUGCUUCCCAAUUACUCUUCUUUGCAAGAGAUUUAUCCCUAGAUUUUUGAAAAGAUAUCAACAUAAAUCAGCUAUUGUUAAUGUAACAUCUUUAGCUGGAAAGAUCCCAACCCCAUAUUUCAAUGUAUACAGUGCUACAAAAGCAUUCGGAGAGUUCUUAACCACUACACUUGGUGCUGAAUACCCAGAAUUGGAAGUUUUUUCUUUAAGUCCAGGUGAAGUCUCGACCAACUUGACCUAAAAUAGACAACCAAGUUUCCUUACAAUUUCAGCUUUCGAUUGCGCUAAUGGUUUGAUAAAGAGGAUGGGGUAAAACACAAGUGGCCAUUGGAAUCAUGAAAUAUAGGCAGCAUUUCAAAAACUGGUUCCUUCUUGCUUCUAUAAUUUUGUCUUGGUCAAGGUUCAAAUAUUAUUGAUAUACUGUAGAUUCUGGCACCAAAAUGGCUUAAGGAAAGAUCAUAACACUAGAAUGAUAAAAAAAUUAAUUGAC